UCUUUUUGGUCAACUGGAAAACCCUAUGAUAUGUGAACAAUUGGCUUCAACACUCUUUUUUUCUCAAUUUUGCUUCUUCUUCCCUUUGCUCUCUACAGAUUCACGCCUCGCGCCCCAAUUUCUCGUUUUCGGUUUACCUUCUUCUUUUAGUCGUGCUCUUAAAAGGGUUUUUGUAUAUCGAAUUUCGGAUUUUGAUCAUAUUGUCCCGCCAUUGCAUGUCGCUGUUCUGUUCUUCGGAUUGCUUUUCUGGGUUUCUCUGAAAACUUCUUCAAUUGGAGUUUGUUGAUCCACGCGAAGAGAAUUUCUCUGAUCUUUCACUGCCAAAAUCAUCAAACAUUCACACAGUUUCAGAGAUACCGCCCACUUGAUUUUUCUUUUUGGCUUGACUGCUCGAUUCUUGCUAUGGAUUCCGCUAUUGAUAUAAGUUCAGAUAGUGAUAUCGAGAUACAAGAAACUCGAACUCUUCCUCCUCCACGGUUAGCUCAAGGCUCUCAUAGAAGGGACCUCUCUACGCUAAGACCGCACCUUUCUAGUGGGAACUCUUCCAAUGCAAAUAGCCUCACUAAAGUGGGACUUACAAACCCUUCUUCAAGCAAUGGUUUUGCUGGAAAUGGGCACAUCGGAAGUUCAAGAAUUCCCAAUGUCUCAGUUGGAGAUUAUGAGAAGUUUUCAUAUCAACAAGCUGUUAAAAGGAUACCUCCUCCAGCUGUUGUGCCUUUGAGACCUGAUACCGGUGCAAGUAAUGGGAGUGGGAGUCACUUUCGUGGGGAGUAUAGUAAUCCAGCUGUGAUAGCUUCAGCCAACAAGGGUGACUUUGGUGAUCUUUAUGGUGGAGCACAUGAUGGAAUAGGCAUGGGGCGUGUGAUCAAUGGCGCUCGGAUUCUACCUCCAUCCAUGACGCAUGGAACAGCUUCUUCUACUUCACAUUUUAACGGUUCAAUUGAUUCAAUGCACAGGACUUCAGAGAAUGACGAGAGGCUGAUCUAUCAGGCUGCACUACAGAAUCUGAAUCAACCCAAGUCUGAGAUCGAUUUACCUGCCGGUCUUCUUUCAGUUCCCCUUAUGAAGCAUCAGAAAAUUGCAUUGGCAUGGAUGUUUCAGAAGGAAACUAGAAGUGCGCCCUGUCUGGGAGGGAUAUUAGCUGAUGAUCAGGGCCUUGGUAAGACAGUCUCGACUAUUGCUCUUAUCCUAAAGCAAAUGCACGAGGCAAAAUUGAAGUCUGAGAAUCUAACCAAUCAAGUGGCUGAAGCAUUGGAUCUGGAUGCUGAUGAUGAGUCAGAAAAUGCAUUUGAGAAGCCAGAGCCUAAGGCUUCAAAUGGUAAUGGCGUGAUUUGCAGUUCAGGCAUAAAGAAAGCCAAGGAUGAAGAAGCGAGUACUUCAACACGGAAAAUUAAUGGGAAAAGACCAGCUGCUGGCACUUUAAUUGUUUGUCCAGCAAGCGUUGUGCGACAGUGGGCAAGAGAGCUUGAUGAGAAGGUUACUGAUGAAGCCAAACUUUCUGUUUUAAUCUACCACGGUGGUAACAGGACCAAAGAUCCUAUUGAACUAGCAAAAUAUGAUGUGGUUAUGACAACUUACGCUAUUGUUUCAAAUGAAGUUCCAAAGCAACCCCUGAAAGAUGACGAUGAGAAUGAUGAAAAAGUUUCCGAAAAAUAUGGUCUCGCCUCAGGCUUCUCCACCAAUAAGAAACGCAAAAUCGCAUUGGGUGCUACUAAGAAGAGUAAGAAAAGAGGUAAAAAAAAUGCUGACGAUUCUUCGUCUGACCCUGACUGUGGUACUCUAGCUAGAGUUGGGUGGUUCAGAGUUGUGCUAGAUGAAGCUCAGACAAUUAAGAAUCACAGAACCCAGGUGGCAAGAGCAUGUUGCGGUCUUCGAGCCAAAAGGAGGUGGUGUUUGUCUGGAACACCAAUACAAAAUACGAUAGAUGAUUUAUAUAGCUAUUUCAGGUUUCUAAAAUAUGAUCCGUAUGCCGUGUACAAGUCAUUCUGCAACACAAUUAAGAGUCCAAUUUCCAGAAAUUCCGUACAUGGUUACAAGAAGCUUCAAGCUAUUUUGAGGGCUAUAAUGCUGCGCCGCACCAAAGGAACAUUGCUUGAUGGUCAGCCUAUAAUUAAUUUGCCACCAAAGACAAUUAAUUUGAGCAAGGUGGACUUCUCGGUAGAGGAGCGGUCUUUCUACACGAAGCUUGAAUCCGAUUCACAAUCUCAGUUCAAGGCAUAUGCUGACGCAGGAACUCUAAAUCAAAACUAUGCAAACAUUCUUCUCAUGCUUCUGCGAUUACGCCAAGCUUGUGACCACCCCCAACUUAUUAAAGGAUAUAACUCAGAUUCUGUUGGGAAAGAAUCAGAAGAAGCGUGUAAAAAACUUCCUAGGGAAACUCGAGUUAGCUUGCUCAGUCGCUUAGAAUCAUCUCCCAUCUGUUGUGAAUGCGAUGAUCCACCAGAAGACCCUGUUGUUACUAUGUGUGGCCAUAUAUUCUGCUAUCAGUGUGUAUCAACAUUUAUCACAGGCGAUGAGAACACGUGCCCAGAAUGCAGAGAACAGCUUGCGCAUGAUGUUUUUUUCUCUGAGUCUACCCUUAGAAGUUGCAUCGCUGAUGAUAUGGGUUGUAGUUCUUCACAUGAUAGAGGUCUUGGUAAAGCAUUUUAUCAGAAUGGCGAGUUUAGCUCAUCAAAAAUCAAAACUGUCUUAGAUAUUCUGCAGUCGCUUUCUAACCAAGGCAGUCCAAACUCAACACAGCAUGGUCGAAUUUCUUCGUCCUCGUCUGACGACGAUGAUGUUACCAUUCUUGAGCACACGAGUCUGCGCUCAACUCCUAACCGAGGGCAAAUAAAAACGAUUAUCUUUUCUCAGUGGACUCGUAUGCUUGACUUGGUGGAGCUGUCUCUGAUUGAAAACACUAUAGAAUUCAGAAGAUUAGAUGGUACAAUGAGUCUAGCCGCCAGAGACAGAGCUGUGAAAGAAUUCAGCAACGAUCCAGAUGUGAAAGUGAUGAUAAUGUCUUUAAAAGCUGGAAACCUUGGUCUGAAUAUGGUUGCUGCAUGUCAUGUCAUUCUUCUUGAUCUUUGGUGGAAUCCAACUACCGAAGAUCAAGCUAUUGAUCGAGCACAUCGUAUUGGACAAACUCGACCAGUUACUGUAACUCGUAUUACGAUAAAAGAUACUGUCGAGGAUAGAAUUUUGGCUCUACAGGAACAAAAAAGGAACAUGGUUGCUUCUGCUUUUGGUGAAGAUCAUGGUGGAAACUCUGCAACUCGACUAACUGUAGAUGAUCUCAAAUAUCUAUUCAUGGUGUAGACUACUCGAUUUAGCCUUUCUAAAUCUCUAGUUCACCAAGUUUCACUUGCUUCCAGAAUUUUGAUCAUGAAGAAAUCUUGAGCUGCAUUUUUUGUAUUCUUCAGAUUCACAGAUUGGCAAUGAGCCAACAUGUAUAUAACUUAUUUGCUUUCAUAGUAAAUACAUCAAACUCUCUUUGG